ACCAAAAAGGAGUUUCUUUCUCUUUCUCGCUCGCUCCAUUCAACAUCAGGUCAAGCCAUUUUUCCUGGAAAAAACCUUAGCCGCUAUCAAUCUCUCCUUCACUACAUCCUCUGUUGGACCACCAUCAGAUCCUUUGUUCAUUGGCCAUGUGUGGUUCUUGGAGGGUCCGAUUCAGUUGGAAUCGAAAAUCAAAACGCCCAGAUCUGGAGUUGUUAGAUGCGACACAUCAAAUGUUCAAAGAACUCAACAAAGAGGUCCAACGAGAAAGUGGGAUUGCUGUGUGUGAUGAUGAGGUCAAAAAUAUACACUGCACUUCCUCUUACUGUAAUAGGACACAUGCAUUUUUCAUUGAUAGAACAUGCAAUUCAAUCACGGAACCACCACUCUCAGGUACAAGUGGGUUAGACUUUCUUUCAAUCAAUUUGAUUUCCUCAGAUGAAGUUGCUUAUUUGAAAAUAAAACUGUAUAAUACAAAUGAGAUGGCUACCCCUUUCUCUCUCUCUCAUACACACAUAAAUGGAUAUAAUCAGUCUAAAGAAUGA